AUGACUGAAAAGGGCUACAGAGCUAUUGCCCAUGAAAAAAGGCUGCGGAGGAGUCAAAAGAUUCCUACCGCGUGGAGGCUCGACGAAGAAAAUCCUCAUGAGUCUAUUAAUCCUUUGGAUGUACCGAUUACUUGUGGUAUUUUAAGCAAUACUGAGAUCGAUAUCACGUCCAAAUAUGACGCAACAAGCUUGCUAAUGGGCAUCAAGAAUGGUACAUGGUCUGUUGAGCAAGUCACGACAGCGUUUUGCAAGCGGGCAGCUAUCGCUCACCAGAUGAUAAAUUGUUUGACGGAAAUCUUUUUCGACGAGGCAAUCGAGCGUGCUCGCCAACUUGAUAACCAGCGACAAGAUUUCAUAGGCGGCAAGGGAUUCCCUCCGCUGUUCGGCUUGCCUAUCUCGAUCAAAGAUACUUUCCAAAUUCAAGGCCAUGAUACAUCAACUGGUUUAGCUUGCUACGUUAAUGCACCGGCAAAAGAACAUAGUGCUAUCGCCGCCAUGUUGCUUGACCUCGGUGCCGUCCUUUAUUGCAAGACAAAUGUUCCGCAGACUGUCAUGACCGGGGAUAGUGAUAACAAUGUGUUUGGUAGGACACUCAACCCCAGAAAUACCUCAAUGACUGCAGGUGGUAGCACAGGUGGCGAGGGCGCCCUACUUGCUCUUAGAGGAAGCAUCCUUGGGGUUGGUACUGAUAUCGGUGGAAGCAUACGUGUGCCAUCUGUUUGUAACGGAAUUUAUGGAAUGAAACCAAGUGCAGGCCUGAUUCCUCACGGUGGUACUCGAGAGCUUACAGUGCCGGGCACAGAUGGAGUGCGAUCGAGUGUUGGGCCAAUGGCAACCACGUUCCGGGACUGUGCUCUCUUUCUUAAGUCCAUCAUGCAGGCUGACACGUGGAAAUAUGAUAGCAAUGUCGUCUCAUUGCCAUGGAGGGAUCUAAAGCCCAGCAAAAGCUUACGAAUUGGCCUGGUCGAAGACGAUGGUUUCUAUACACCAGUGCCCCCCGUGAGAAGGGGCUUGAAGAAGGCAGUUGACAAGCUUCAACUAAGCAACGACGUGGAAAUUGUUUCCUUGACUCUACCGAAGAGCGAUGGUUGGUAUGAUGAUUUGCUUUCUUAUUUUUCUUUGCUGGGCAAUGAGCACUACCUUGAACAGCUUAACAGAACAGGAGAGCCAUUGGUGCCAUCGGUCAAAGCACUUGGCCUCUUGUCCGGGGAGAAAUCAUCCUUCUUGUCGGGACAGAAAACAACUCUCCAAGGAUUCUUCGACUUGAAUGUCCGUCGGGCAGAAGCCGCAAGCACCUAUCGUCGAUUCUUUCGUGACAACAAUUUGGAUGCUAUUCUAAUGCCCCCUGCACCUCAUACUGCGCUGCCUUUGGAUACUUGGGCCACGGUGACUUCCACAGGCUUGUGGAACUACCUGGACUACCCGGCAGUAGUGAUUCCUGUAGAUUUUGUGGCGGAUUCAGAUUCCAUUGACGAUGCCAGUAAUGCGAAAUACGGCCAUCAGGAUACCCAACUUUACAAGCUCUAUACUGGACCCAAAUUUUACAAAGGGCUUCCAAUCGCUGUUCAGUUGGUCGGCUACCGGCAUCAAGACGAGGCGCUGGCUGCUACAGCUGGGGUAUUGGAUUCAAUCAUCAAUGGCGAGUAA